GAGUCGUAGUGCACAGUUCAGGAUGUUCCUGUGCGUGGUCCUGGGUUUCUUCCACUUGCAAGUGGUUCUAUCCAUGUCUCACUCGCUGAUCUAUUACUACACUCUGAAUCUUGGGAAUGCUGAUCUACCUGAGUAUAGUGUCGUUGGUGUCCUGGAUGGUUGUGAGAUCCAGUACUAUGACAAAACUAUGGAAAUGACAGUCCCAAGACAAAGAUGGAUGGCGUCUGCAUUUGACAAGUCUUAUUGGGCAAAAGAUACAAUGACUGAACAUAGUAUCCAUGGAAUCAUAAAGGGACAGGCUACAGAAUGGCUGCAGGAGCAUAACACAACUACAGGUUAUCACUACUUACAAGGGCAGUUUGGUUGUCAGCUGAAUGAAAACAGUCCCAAUAUAGGGAUACUGAAGUUCGCUUAUGAAGGAAGAUACAUACUUAGCUUUGAUAAAGACAAACUGGAGUGGAUUGUACAUGAUCCAGUAUAUCAGUCCAUCAAAACGAAAUGGGAUAAGAAUGUGAAAAUGAACCAAUAUUUCAAGAGCUUGUUAGAAAAGGACUGUGUGCCACUAUGCAAGAACUAUUAUGCAGUUGGGCAAGCAUACCUGACCCGAAAAGUUGUUCCCGAGGUCUUUCUUGAUGCUCACAAGGACCAUUCCUCGUUUCUCCGAUGCAGCGUGUUUGGAUUUUAUCCAACGGCCAUCAGGGUGAGCUGGUUCCAGAAUGGGCAAAAUGUCUCUGAGACAAAAUCUACUGGAGUAUUAUCAAAUCAAGAUGGAACAUAUCAACUGCGGUCUGUCCUUGAUUUUGAUCCAUCUGAUGGCAAAGAAUAUUCCUGCCAUAUUAAUCAUAGCAGCAUGCCGGAUGGGAAGACAGUCAUCUGGGAAGGCAGUGGGAAGGAAGACAGGCACAUUGGGCUGAUCGGUGUAUGUGUACUUAUGUUGUUGAGUGCUGUGCUUGCUGGAAUUUAUUGCUGGACGAAGAAGAGAGGAGAUUAUGAAAGCAUUCGAGCACACCGGCGUGUGAACUGCUGAUCAGGUGCUGAACAAGCUACAUCUCACAGGUUGGAAUGCAGGAACUGAAGAAUAUGGAAUCAAUUAUAGAAAAUCCCAGGACAUGGCAGACUUUUUAAUCAAAUAUCUUCUGCUCUUGUGUAGUGCCCUGGUUCACAUCUUUACUGUUAUGUUGUUGGUAUUUCGUUUAGCAGCUGUGUAAAACUAAACUAGAUAGUUUCAUACAUUUCCAUGUUAUACAGCAUUUUCACUGUCCUGCGACCUGCUGAGUUUUUCCAGCAUUGGUAUGUGUUAGUUAUUAUAUGCAUCUGCUUAAAUCAUUUCAAGCUUGCAUCCCUCUUGUAACCUCUACCCUUCCAUGCAUCUUCAAAUUACUGUAGACAAUCAUCCUAACAAUUAGUAUUAACUUGAUGUGUGACUGCAAAAUAACACUCCCAGAGAACUUCACAAUAUCAAAUGGGGGACAUAGAAACUGCUCACAGCAACCCCAAACUUUGGAUUGAACUCAGAUCUCUUGAGCUAUGAGCCAGCUCUGCUAAUAACUGAACCAAUAUGCCACAAAUUCUACUUGACUUUGAUUUUGCAACUUUUCCCCAAGUGCUUGCCUGCCAUAUGAUUUAAAAUUCUUACAAGGUCAUUGAUCUAAAAGUCUCUGCUGUCUCACCACUGAAUGUUUUUAAAUAUAGUGCCAUGAUGUUAACUGUCAUUUUUCCAAAGUAAAAUAAAUGUUAGAAAAUGGGAACAAUGUAGCCUUCAUUUCUAAAACUAGAUUAAUCACUCUGGAGCCUGGAUAAAUCACCAAUAAUAUUUGAUAUGAUUUUCCACCUUAUUAUGUUCCUAUAGUUCUAGUUUCAAUGUGUCCCCACUUCUUACUAGUAUUUCUGGGAGGUUGUGUUCACCAUUGUAAAAGAGUUUGUAAUUCUGGUUGCCUCAUUAUUGGAAGAUGCAAAUGCAAUAUAGAAUUCUUAAGAAAAAAAAACUAAAUGAUCAAUAUAGUUAAUGAUGAAUUAGAGGGAAAUAGUUUUACUUAGUGGAUCACUGAAUGUUUAUGCAAUGAAAUUCCACACGGGUUAUUGAAGGGUCGCAGCCUUUAACAUUGUCUGUUAAUUCCUAUCCAUAGAUGCUGUCUGACUUGCUGAGUACCUCCAGCAUAUUAUGGGUUUUGCUCUUGAUUUCUAGCAUCUACAAAAUUGAUGUUUUUUGAAAAGGAGAUAACUCUUCCCUUUAGUUGAGAGAGUGAGGGUUAAUAAGAUAAAUGAAGAUAAAGAAUAACAAAACAAAAAUAAUGAGGAACAUCUUUUCCAUGCAGUGUGUUAUGGUAACUUGAAUGUACUGUUUGUACUUGUGGUGGAUGGGGUUUCAUCGUGCUCUUUAAAGGAUAAUUAGAUGAAUAUAUUGUAAGAAAAGAAAUGUAGGAGUAUGCUGAUGGGCCAAGUGGUGGAAUUGGUGACAUACUAGGGCAGAGAGUAGGCCGAGGAAUGUUAGGUUGAAUGGCCUCUUUUUGUGUCAUAAGAGUCUAAGAGUCCUGUUAUUAUUAUUUAGUGCCUGGUAUUCAUCAUAAUUUAUAAUCAAAGAUAAAUUGAAGCAGAAAUACUUGUACAUUGUUACAGCUCAAAAAUGCUUCAGAAUAAAUGGAUGUUGGGGAUUUCAGCUUCAAAUUAUCUUGGGCAAAGUUAAUGCCAAACAUUAUGUUACUGAUUUCUUAAAAGACAUACAAGAAAAUCUGUUUAGAAAAAUGUAUGAAAAAUUCAUGAACCAGAGAGUCUGGACCAUUUUAUCAUGUAAGCUGCAUGUUCAGAGUGGUAUUUUAGUGAUAAUGACCAUGAUUUUGCAUUAAAAGGACAAAGAUACAUGAAUAAUUAGAUUUUCAGUUGCAGAAGUGACAAUGCAAAGAUGGAAAUGCAAUUUAGUAACAUUGGAAUGGAAAUUUUACUUCAUGGGGUUAGAGCAUGAGAAGCAGUGAGUAGUAUUUGUUUCACCACAAUGGAAUAACAUUAGGGCUGAAGCAAGAAAUGACCAGAGAAUUCUGGCUUACAUUAUGCUAUACAAUGUUUUCCUGCAGUUGCAUUUAACCCUUACAUACUGUUCAUAUUCUAUACCUUCUCAGUAUGGUCUGGGUCAAUUUUGGCCUGGCCCCUGAAUCCCCUCAUAAAUACCAACUUUUGUACCUCAGUUCUAUUUAGAAUGUAUAAAUAGCCUACCUGACAUUAACAAAUGAGUGAUUAAUCUUUAAUGUUACGGAGAUUUAAAAUCCAUUUCAAUAGAAACAGGUCAUAUUUGUCCUGGAACAGCCUCAAUGUACAAAAUUUUGCAGCACCUGUACAGAAGUAUAACAUUUUAAAAUAUGUUCAUUUUUGAGCAUUUUGGGUCACUUUAGGAACAGUCAUCAAAUUUCGGUGAAAAUGACAUUUAGGGUGUUUUUACUGCUGUCAAAUGUCAAAACGGGUCAAAUUUUAUCAAAACAGUAUGCAAGGGUUAAAAGGGAAAUAAUUAGUUAAAGAAAUAUAGCAACACACCAAUAAUCUAAUAUACAUACAUCUGGAAAUCUCAAUUAUUUGUCUUUUGCGCAGUAGUUUGUUUCUUGAAUAUACUUUAAAUUCACAGAUUUCUCUUAAUCCACUUUCUUUAAACUCUGUAUGAUCCAUAUUCCUGUGCUAUCAUGAUUUCAACAUUGCCUCAUUUCCCAUUCUUUCUUUAAACCAGCCCCUACUCUCCUCUGGUUCGUUGGAAAUUUUAUUAUAAUACACUGGAACAUUUAUUAUAAUACGAUAUAAAAUCAUGAAAAAAAUGUUUGCUGUGGUUUAGACAAUCUGUGUUGCUCCAUAUAAGUCCUGGAGUACAAAAACAUCAGAGUAGCCUGUGUCACAUACAUGCUCAGUCUCUGCUAUUUUUGUUUCUCCUCUAAAUUCUGCAUUAGCAGGAUUUGUAUUAGUCAAAUGCAAAUUGUUCAUGAAUUCCAUUGAUGUGUAGAGUAAUUUUGUGUGGAACCAAUGUCCACUAGAAUCACAAAUAAAUGACCUAAGCCUGUUCAUUUUCUGGCUGAAGGAAACAGCUUCCUUUACAUGUGAUGAACUUUCGCCAUUUUCAUUGAAAUUUACGACUCUGAACAAUCUCACCUGUUCGACUUCAUUCAAAUUGACAACCUGAUUUAGAGAAAGGUUGGUCAUCUUAUUUUGUAUGAAAGCUCUUGAGUUUCUUCACCAGAACUUCUCUGAGGUUCAAGCAUAAAGGCUGUGAUCCCUUUAUUAAGGCCACCAGGGAAUGGGCAAUAUAUCCUUGUACACUUUAUUCAAAACAAAAUAAAUCUGCUUUCUGUAGAGACCAAUCACUUAUGCAACUAUUUAGAUCACUUAGAUAAGCCAGGAAGUCAGGCAAUGCAUGGCCCUGGUAUAGUAAACAGAGAGUAUCAGCACAGCUGAAGGCAAAAGCAAAGGUGGAUAUCAAUUCGUUCAUACCAGCAGGCCUAAGGGGAACUCAUGAAGUGAUCUAUUGAUUUAUCCAUUAUUACAACUUUUAAUGUAUUUUGUUACAGAAGAUGUGGUAACAAUUAACAUGGUUCUGGAAAUAGUUCUGUGUAUUGAAAGUAAACAGCUUGCACUGUGAAAUUAACCAAUAAACCGAUUUCCUAUGUUUCAAAUAAACUCAGGAUUAAAAUAACACUGACAAAAUAAACUGACAGCUGUUUUAUUUAAAUAAGAAGGUGGAAGAUUGAUUUUCUAUGGUUUGCACAAAGAUAUUUUAUAAACUGCAUUGGCACCAGCUUGAGAUUGUAACUGUGUUCACCAUUUAACUUGUAUAACACUUUAUCCCGAUGGUUUUUGUUGAGAAGAGAAAUAGAACAGGAGUGGGAACAGGAUACAUGGCAAUACUGGAAGAGCUAAGCAGGACAAUGCAGUCGACGUUUCGGACCAAAACCCUUUGACAGGGUUCUGCACUUUUUUUCCCCCACAGAUGCUGCUUGGCCUGCUGAAUUCCUCUAGCAUUUUGUGCAUGUUGUUACGAUUUCCAGCAUCUGUGGAUUUUCUCUUGUUUGUGACAGUAUAGACGAAA